UUGAAGUGUUUGUUAUUAUCUAUAUUAAAUAAAUAAUAAUAUUGACAUUGAUUUUGAAGUGCAUGGGCUUUUGAGAAAUUUGAGUCUACCUAGUAAUUGGUUAUUGGCUAGGUCAUUCACUGUUCUUACCUAGUUGCUUGGAUACCACUGCAUGAAGACAUGUUAUUCCUGGAUAGAAUUGUGAUACCUUAAUAUUGUUAAGGUUGACUACUCUUUUUCAUUUGUUGGAAUGCAGUAUUUAGAUCGACCUGGAGUAAGCUUCUGUUCAAGAACAACAUAUGAUGAUAAUGCAAUCACAAAUGCUGUUGAGAUAUACGAGAGUUCGAGUGGUGCCACUCACUUCAUGGCUUCAAAUAAUGAUUGUGGAGUUAGAGACUUUGAUAUGGAGAAAUUUCAGCUUUCUAACCACUUCCGCUUUCCGUGGCCAGUUAAUCAUACAUCUCUGAGCCCUGAUGGUAAGCUUUUUGUCAUUGUUGGCGACAACCCUGAUGGAAUGCUAGUGGAUUCCCAAACUGGAAAGAAAGUCAUGUCUCUGUGUGGGCACUUGGAUUUCUCAUUUGCUACAGCUUGGCACCCUGAUGGCCGUACAUUUGCCACUGGAAACCAGGACAAGACCUGCCGGAUCUGGGAUGCCCGCAACCUCUCCAAGUCAGUGGCUGUCCUCAAGGGCAACCUUGGAGCAAUCCGGUCGAUCCGCUUCACUGCUGAUGGUCAAUUCAUGGCAAUGGCGGAGCCUGCAGACUUUGUACAUGUAUUUGACGUGAAGAAUGGGUAUGAGAAAGAGCAGGAGAUUGAUUUCUUUGGUGAGAUCUCUGGUGUAUCAUUUAGUCCUGAUACAGAGUCCCUCUUCAUUGGUGUGUGGGAUCGUACCUAUGGUAGCCUUCUUCAGUAUGGCCGACGCAGAAAAUAUUCGUACCUCGACUCCUUUAUCUGAGUUAUGUCUCACAUAUCAGAAGUAACAAGGAGAGAAUGGCCAAUUCAAAGGAUAGUGUAGAAUUCUGUUUCGUUCACAAUAAUGGGGGAAUUCUAAUCUCCUUUUUUCUUUUUCUUUUGUUUUGGUUGAGGGGGUGUAUGUAUAAUGGGGCAUUUAUGUACAGGGUCAACAUACAUUGGUGAGGUGAAGAGGAAAAUGAAAGAAAACAGGGAUUCCCUAGGUGCAGAACUGCAGAUAAAAAUCUCGGGCAAUCUAAUGGGUAAAUUUGCCGGUAGAGUGUAUCGCUUUAGUACUCUUCAGCAACCUUUGGGAACUUAACAAGUGGAACCUCUAUGUUUUUGGCUUGCGCUCCGUGGAGAUUACACC